ACUGUCCUGCUUUUGUGUUCCUAACAUUCCCACUCCCCCCGCCCCUGUUGACGCGAAGGCAGCUGAGGCCGAGCGGCUCUUGCAGCGCUGCUCGCGGAUUAACCAGACUGACUGAAUGGUGUAAGGGUAAACAGGGUACGUUUUAUUCAGAUGCUUCUGGAACGUCGAAAUUCUCUUCUUUGGAAAGAACCCUCCCCUCUCUGGGCUUCAGGGGCCCAGACUGAGGCGCAAUGAUGAGAGGAUGUGGUGGUCCACUCUGAUGUCAAUCUUGAGGGCUAGUUCUUUUUGGAGGUGGAUAUCUGCUCAGACAGUAAGAAUUAUAAGAGCUCUGAGAGCUCAUUUUGAAGGAAUAAUGGAUGAACCAUCCCCCUUGGCCAAACCUCUGGAGCUGAACCAGCACUCCCGAUUCAUAAUUGGUUCUGUGUCUGAAGAUAACUCAGAGGAUGAAAUUAGCAACCUGGUGAAGCUGGAUCUGCUGGAGGAGAAGGAGGGCUCUCUAUCACCAGCUUCUGUUGGCUCAGAUACACUCUCUGAUUUGGGGAUCUCCAGCCUACAGGAUGGCUUGGCCUUACACAUAAGGUCCAGCAUGUCUGGCUUGCAUCUAGUAAAGCAAGGUCGAGACCGAAAGAAAAUAGACUCUCAGCGAGAUUUCACUGUAGCUUCUCCAGCAGAAUUUGUUACUCGUUUUGGGGGGAAUAAAGUGAUUGAGAAGGUGCUUAUCGCCAACAAUGGCAUUGCAGCAGUGAAAUGCAUGCGGUCUAUCCGUCGAUGGUCUUACGAGAUGUUUCGAAAUGAACGUGCAAUCCGAUUUGUUGUUAUGGUAACACCUGAAGACCUGAAAGCCAAUGCAGAAUACAUUAAGAUGGCAGAUCACUAUGUGCCAGUGCCAGGAGGACCAAACAACAACAACUAUGCAAAUGUGGAAUUAAUUCUUGAUAUUGCAAAAAGGAUUCCAGUACAAGCAGUGUGGGCUGGCUGGGGUCAUGCUUCUGAGAAUCCCAAACUCCCAGAACUUCUUUUGAAAAAUGGCAUCGCCUUCAUGGGUCCUCCAAGCCAGGCCAUGUGGGCUUUGGGGGAUAAGAUUGCAUCUUCCAUAGUGGCUCAAACUGCAGGUAUCCCAACUCUUCCCUGGAGUGGCAGUGGUCUUCGUGUGGACUGGCAUGAAAAUGAUUUUUCAAAACGUAUCUUAAAUGUUCCCCAGGAAUUAUAUGAAAAAGGUUAUGUGAAGGAUGUGGAUGAUGGGCUGAAGGCAGCAGAGGAAGUUGGAUAUCCAGUAAUGAUCAAGGCCUCAGAAGGAGGAGGAGGGAAAGGAAUCAGAAAAGUCAACAAUGCAGAUGACUUUCCUAACCUUUUCAGACAGGUUCAAGCUGAAGUCCCUGGAUCUCCUAUAUUUGUGAUGAGACUAGCCAAACAAUCUCGUCAUCUGGAGGUACAGAUCUUAGCAGAUCAAUAUGGCAAUGCUAUCUCUCUCUUUGGUCGUGACUGCUCUGUACAGCGCAGGCAUCAGAAGAUUAUUGAGGAAGCACCUGCUGCUAUCGCUACUCCAGCAGUAUUUGAACAUAUGGAACAGUGUGCGGUGAAACUUGCCAAAAUGGUUGGUUAUGUGAGUGCUGGGACUGUGGAAUACCUCUACAGCCAGGAUGGAAGCUUCUACUUUCUGGAACUGAAUCCUCGGCUGCAGGUGGAACACCCUUGUACAGAGAUGGUGGCUGAUGUCAACCUCCCCGCAGCACAACUCCAGAUUGCCAUGGGGAUCCCUCUAUACAGAAUCAAGGAUAUUCGUAUGAUGUAUGGGGUAUCUCCUUGGGGCGAUGCUCCCAUUGAUUUUGAAAAUUCUGCUCAUGUUCCUUGUCCAAGGGGCCAUGUUAUUGCUGCUCGGAUCACCAGUGAAAAUCCAGAUGAGGGUUUUAAGCCCAGCUCAGGAACAGUUCAGGAACUGAAUUUCCGUAGCAAUAAGAACGUUUGGGGUUAUUUUAGUGUUGCUGCUGCAGGGGGCCUUCAUGAAUUUGCUGAUUCUCAGUUUGGUCACUGCUUCUCCUGGGGAGAAAACAGAGAGGAAGCAAUUUCAAACAUGGUGGUGGCUUUGAAGGAGCUAUCUAUUCGGGGUGACUUUCGAACUACAGUUGAAUACCUCAUCAAAUUGUUGGAGACUGAAAGCUUUCAGUUGAAUAGAAUUGACACUGGCUGGCUGGACAGACUGAUAGCAGAGAAAGUACAGGCAGAGCGACCUGACACCAUGUUGGGAGUUGUAUGUGGGGCUCUCCACGUGGCAGAUGUCAGCCUACGGAAUAGCAUCUCUAACUUCCUUCACUCCUUAGAAAGGGGUCAAGUCCUUCCUGCGCAUACACUUCUGAAUACAGUAGAUGUUGAACUUAUCUAUGGGGGAGUCAAAUAUGUACUUAAGGUGACUCGGCAGUCCCCCAACUCCUAUGUGGUGAUCAUGAAUGGUUCAUGCGUAGAAGUAGAUGUGCAUCGGUUGAGCGACGGCGGGCUGCUCCUAUCCUAUGAUGGCAGCAGUUACACCACCUACAUGAAGGAGGAAGUGGAUAGAUAUCGCAUCACAAUCGGCAAUAAGACCUGUGUGUUUGAGAAGGAAAAUGACCCUUCAGUGUUGCGCUCACCUUCUGCUGGGAAGUUAAUCCAGUACAUUGUGGAGGAUGGAGGCCAUGUGUUUGCUGGCCAGUGCUAUGCUGAGAUUGAGGUCAGGUUCUCUUUGCUGCUUGCAGGUCACUAUGACAAAUGUGUGUUCGCCCUUCGAGAAGAGAACAAGAGUGACAUGAACACUGUACUGAACUAUAUCUUCUCUCACGCUCAAGUCACCAAGAAGAAUCUUCUGGUCACAAUGCUUAUUGACCAACUGUGCGGACGGGACCCUACUCUCACUGAUGAGCUGCUGAAUAUCCUCACAGAGCUAACUCAACUUAGUAAGACCACCAAUGCCAAAGUGGCACUUCGAGCACGCCAGGUUCUUAUUGCCUCCCAUUUGCCAUCAUACGAGCUUCGCCAUAACCAAGUAGAGUCCAUCUUCCUUUCAGCAAUUGACAUGUACGGACAUCAGUUUUGCAUUGAGAACCUGCAGAAACUCAUCUUGUCUGAAACAUCUAUUUUUGACGUCCUCCCAAACUUCUUCUAUCACAGCAACCAGGUAGUGAGGAUGGCAGCUCUGGAGGUUUAUGUUCGAAGGGCUUAUAUUGCCUAUGAACUUAACAGUGUACAACAUCGCCAGCUUAAGGACAACACCUGUGUGGUGGAAUUCCAGUUCAUGCUGCCCACAUCUCAUCCAAACAGAGGGAACAUCCCCACGCUAAACAGAAUGUCCUUCUCCUCCAACCUCAACCACUAUGGCAUGACUCACGUAGCUAGUGUCAGCGAUGUGCUGUUGGACAACUCAUUCACUCCACCAUGUCAGCGGAUGGGAGGAAUGGUCUCUUUUCGGACUUUCGAAGAUUUUGUCAGGAUCUUUGAUGAAGUGAUGGGCUGCUUCUGCGAUUCCCCACCCCAAAGCCCCACAUUCCCUGAGGCCGGUCACACGUCUCUGUACGAUGAAGACAAGGUCCCCAGGGAUGAACCAAUUCACAUUCUGAAUGUGGCUAUCAAGACUGACUGUGAUAUUGAGGAUGACGGACUGGCAGCUAUGUUCAGAGAGUUUACCCAACAAAAUAAAGCUACCCUGGUUGAGCAUGGGAUACGGCGCCUUACUUUCCUGGUUGCACAAAAGGAUUUCAGGAAACAGGUCAACUGUGAGGUGGAUCAGAGAUUUCAUAGAGAAUUUCCUAAAUUUUUCACCUUCCGAGCAAGGGAUAAGUUUGAGGAGGAUCGUAUCUAUCGUCACCUGGAGCCUGCCCUAGCUUUCCAGUUAGAGCUGAACCGGAUGAGAAAUUUUGACCUUACUGCCAUUCCAUGUGCUAAUCAUAAGAUGCACCUGUAUCUUGGGGCAGCCAAGGUGGAAGUGGGCACGGAAGUGACAGACUACAGGUUCUUCGUUCGUGCAAUCAUCAGACAUUCUGAUCUAGUCACCAAGGAAGCUUCUUUUGAAUAUCUACAAAAUGAAGGGGAGAGGCUGCUCCUAGAAGCCAUGGAUGAGUUGGAAGUCGCUUUUAACAAUACAAAUGUUCGCACUGACUGCAACCACAUCUUCCUCAACUUUGUGCCCACGGUCAUCAUGGACCCAUCAAAGAUUGAGGAAUCUGUGCGGAGCAUGGUAAUGCGCUAUGGAAGUCGGCUGUGGAAAUUACGUGUCCUCCAGGCAGAACUGAAAAUCAACAUUCGCCUGACACCAACUGGAAAAGCAAUUCCCAUCCGCCUCUUCCUGACAAACGAGUCUGGCUAUUACUUGGACAUCAGCUUGUACAAGGAAGUGACUGACUCCAGGACAGCACAGAUCAUGUUUCAGGCAUAUGGAGACAAACAGGGACCACUGCAUGGAAUGUUAAUCAACACUCCGUAUGUCACCAAAGACCUGCUUCAAUCAAAGAGAUUCCAGGCACAAUCCUUGGGGACAACCUACAUAUAUGAUAUCCCAGAGAUGUUUCGGCAGUCUCUGAUCAAACUCUGGGAGUCUAUGUCCACUCAAGCAUUCCUUCCAUCACCCCCCCUGCCUUCUGACAUGCUGACAUAUACGGAGCUCGUGUUGGAUGAUCAAGGUCAGCUGGUCCACAUGAAUAGGCUUCCAGGAGGAAAUGAGAUUGGCAUGGUAGCUUGGAAAAUGACCCUUAAAAGUCCUGAAUACCCAGAAGGCCGAGAUAUCAUUGUUAUUGGCAAUGACAUCACAUACCGAAUUGGGUCCUUUGGGCCCCAGGAGGAUUUGCUGUUUCUCAGAGCUUCUGAGCUUGCCAGGGCAGAGGGUAUCCCACGCAUCUUUGUAGCAGCCAACAGUGGAGCAAGAAUUGGACUGGCAGAGGAAAUUCGUCAUAUGUUUCACGUGGCCUGGGUAGAUCCUGAGGAUCCUUACAAGGGAUACAAAUAUUUAUAUCUGACCCCUCAGGAUUAUAAGAGAGUCAGUGCUCUCAACUCUGUCCAUUGUGAACAUGUAGAGGAUGAAGGAGAAUCCAGGUACAAGAUAACUGAUAUUAUUGGAAAGGAAGAGGGACUUGGAGCAGAGAACCUUCGAGGCUCUGGAAUGAUUGCUGGCGAAUCCUCAUUGGCCUAUGAUGAGAUCAUCACCAUCAGCCUGGUUACAUGCCGGGCCAUUGGGAUUGGGGCUUACCUUGUCCGGCUGGGACAGAGAACCAUCCAGGUUGAAAAUUCUCACUUAAUUCUGACCGGAGCUGGGGCCCUCAAUAAAGUCCUUGGGCGGGAGGUAUAUACCUCCAAUAACCAGCUUGGGGGCAUCCAGAUCAUGCACAACAAUGGGGUGACCCACAGCAUCGUUUGCGAUGACUUUGAAGGGGUUUUCACUGUCCUGCACUGGCUGUCUUACAUGCCUAAGAAUGUGCGCAGUUCAGUUCCUCUCCUGAACUCCAAGGAUCCUAUAGAUAGAAUCAUCGAGUUUGUUCCCACGAAGGCCCCAUAUGAUCCUCGAUGGAUGCUAGCCGGCCGACCUCACCCAACCCAGAAAGGUCAGUGGUUGAGUGGAUUUUUUGACUAUGGAUCUUUCUCAGAGAUCAUGCAACCUUGGGCACAGACUGUGGUGGUUGGCAGAGCCAGGCUAGGAGGAAUACCUGUGGGGGUAGUUGCCGUAGAAACCCGAACAGUGGAACUAAGUAUCCCAGCCGAUCCUGCAAACCUGGAUUCUGAAGCCAAGAUAAUCCAGCAGGCUGGCCAGGUUUGGUUCCCAGACUCUGCGUUUAAGACCUAUCAGGCUAUCAAGGACUUCAACCGUGAAGGGCUGCCUCUGAUGGUCUUUGCGAACUGGAGAGGCUUCUCUGGUGGGAUGAAAGAUAUGUACGACCAAGUGCUGAAGUUCGGUGCUUACAUCGUGGAUAGCUUACGGGAGUGCUCCCAGCCAGUGCUGGUAUACAUUCCUCCUCAGGCUGAGCUCCGGGGGGGCUCCUGGGUUGUGAUCGAUCCCACCAUCAACCCCCGGCACAUGGAGAUGUACGCUGACCGAGAGAGCAGGGGAUCAGUUCUGGAGCCAGAGGGGACAGUAGAAAUCAAAUUCCGCAGAAAGGAUCUGGUGAAAACCAUGCGUCGGGUGGACCCCGUCUACAUUCGCUUGGCUGAGCGAUUGGGCACCCCAGAGCUAAGCCCAGCUGAGCGGAAGGAGCUGGAGAACAAGUUGAAGGAGCGGGAGGAGUUCCUAAUUCCCAUUUACCAUCAGGUAGCCGUGCAGUUUGCUGACUUGCACGACACACCAGGCCGGAUGCAGGAGAAGGGUGUUAUUAACGACAUCCUGGACUGGAGGACAGCCCGCACUUUCUUCUACUGGAGGCUGCGGCGUCUCCUGCUGGAGGACCUGGUCAAAAAGAAAAUCCACAACGCCAACCCAGAGCUGACUGACGGCCAGAUCCAGGCCAUGUUACGGCGCUGGUUUGUAGAAGUGGAAGGGACCGUGAAGGUAGGUGGAUGCCCUCAGAGGAGCCUUCGUGCUCUGCCCCUUAUCCCCACCUGAGGAUCCCCAGGCCUCUCAACGCAGAAGUGGAAGGGAAGCCCACAGGCCUCAGCCCUGUCUCCUCCCCAUACAGAGACAUGUCAUGAUAGAGGUCCUAGGACAUUUUUUGCUGCUCAUUCUGUCCUUCAGCAAACCUUUUUGAAGACUUACUAUGUACCAGACAUUGCAUCAGGCCCCGAAAGUGACAGAGGCAGAUGUUCUUCCUAUCCACACCGAGCCCACCAUCUCGAGGGAGAGAUGGAUUGGCCAAGAGGUCAUGUACAACAGUGUGGCUGAUAUCAAACAUAGCACACCCAGGACAUCAUGGAGCACAGAGAAGGGCACCUGAGCCACUCUGCAGGAAGGAGGAGGAGAGUUAGGACUUCCAGAAGUGGUGUCUCAGCAGACCUGAAAACAAAGUAGGAAUGAACCAGCAGAAAAGGUUGGGAUGGGGGUGAGGAGUAGGGGGAAGGUAGGAGGAAUGUUCCAGGAAGAAGGAAUGACAUGUUUCAAGGCCUGAUAGCAAGAGUAUCAUGCAUCCAAAGCACUGCAGAUAUUUCAAGAUGGCAAGAGAUCCCAAGAGAUUGGGAUUGUGCUGGGCCGUGGAAGGUGUGCUGAGGGUUUGGACUGCGGUCUGUGGGGAGCCACUGAGGUAUUUAAAGCAGCAGAGUGACGUGUUCUGAUUUGUGUUGCAGAAGACCGCUCAGGAGGCUGGAUAGGGGGUGGAACUUCAAGGGUCAGGAGCAAGAAGCCUAAUCAGAGGUGAUGGUUAUCUGGGCAGGAGGUGCUGGGGCUUCAACUGAAGAGCUUCUGGUUUCAAAUCUGAGCUGGAAGGAAAUUUCCACCCUGCCUGCAGGGAACCAUGAACCCGGCAUCUUCUUGGGAUGAUCUCAUGGAGAGGACACAGGGCUUGGACCAGUGCCCCCACUGAGAUGGUGUCCCUGGUGCUCUGGCCCCAGGGCUGGGCUGGGCUGGGUCUGAGCCCAGGUUGACGAGACACCAGCAUUUGCCCCUGGCAUUGUGGGCUGCACAAGACAGUCCAUAAGAGGAUGGGAAGAAAGAGUUGGAACUUUUAUUUCUCUAUUUACUUUUAUUAAGAAAAAGAAAUUGACCUUUAUUGGUAGUUAUUAUAUGGGUUAAAAGUAAAUCAUAUAUGUCAUAUAUCCGUUUUAUCAGAAUAUCGAUAGUAUAUGCUGAAAAUGUCUUUUCCUUAUAGUUGAUCAGAACAUUUGGUGCCUCCUGGGUUAGCAUGCUGAAGGAGGGCAAGCCCUUGAGCCUCUUCCUGCAAAGUGUUUCUUGACGUCUCUGUCGACUGUUCUCAGGAAGGAACUCCCAGGAUUUGCCGUCAUUGUUAAAGCCAGUGAAUCUGGGUGCUUCUAAGAUUCACCUCUGUGUUAAGCCUACCCAUUUCUUUACGACUGAAAAGCUUCUUUAGAUAAAUAUUUCAGAUGUGCAGCGGGUGAGCGCAGCCUUAUGCGACAUCUGGUUCAGGUUAAGGUCAGUCUGUGGCAUCAUAAUUGAGUGAGACAAUUUUGUCAGUGGCUACUGGCAGCUUCUAGUGGAAGUUGGCAUUGAAAGUCACGCAAGUGUAAAAUAAGAGGUUGUUCUCCAGUUAAGAGUGGCCGGCUAGGUAAAUGGAGUGUGUGUGUGUGGCCAGGAGCGGCCCGCACCGCCUUCCUACCACAUUAGUCAGUAAUGGACGUGCAUGGCCUCAGUAAGCACAAGGAUGAGGAGAAGGAAUAGCUUCCCUCCGAGCAUGAAGCGAGUGGAUAGGCCCUUCAGUUGAUCCUUAGCAUCCUGUAGCCAGGGGACGGUGCGUCUGGAGAAGCAGGUCCUUGCUGUCUCGUAGAGCUGGAGGGAACAGUGGGCUGUCUAUACACAGACCCAGCUGGAAGUCAAGUGCAGGAGACAACCCCAGCCCCAGAGGGCAGGAGGAGGCUGCCUGAGGCACUGGGAGCCAACUGUACCCAGGCAUUUAGGCUGUUCCUUCCCUCCCUCCGUCUACAAAAGACCGCAUUCUCUUGAGCUCUUUAGUCCAGGAGGACAGCUGAGGAGAGAAAGGAAGGGCAGGGAUGCUAGGAUGUGGCUUUGAAACCUCCUUCCAUAUUCUGCAGGCUCAGCAGGACUAGUUGAGUGUGGGGUGGCUGAUAAAAUCUCUAGCGCCCUUGAGAGAAGGAAGUGUUGCACAGGUCAGAAGUGGUCUGUGCUGCCUCUGAAGGGCUGGCAUAGAAUCGGCUCUGUAUUGGGGAAUGGCUUGAAACCUUAAAAAUGUCACCCCUCCGCCCCCCACUGGUUCUUCAAACAGUGAUAAAUAUUGUGCACUGAGUCUCAGGUGCAAACACCAGCCAAGUCUAGACCUUGGCUUUGCAUCAGGAAGUGACCCUCUGAUCCUCUGUGGUUACUGGCAGGGAAUGGCAUUUAGUGAUCGGCAUCUCUGAGCCGUGCUGUGUGUUCUUUUGUCCCAGAGAAUUUUUUUUUUUUUUUUUUAAUCUCCAUCCUGAAGAAAGAGAUUGAGGGACAGAAAAUUUGAAGACACUGCGAUGUUAUGUGACUUAGCAGGGCAAUUCUUUUGUUUCCCAUAGAGGAAUCUGUUCCCGGGAGUCACGGGACUCUGUGGGAACCCACUGGAACAGUCCUGCUGUAGGAAAUAGUAAGGUUUAUGGUUCAGGGCUUCACUGCAGAGAGAAGCAAAGCAUCACUGCAGCUCCCUGAAAACAGUACCAAGAAUUUCAGUUUAAAUUGGGUCAUAGGAAUACAGUGCGUGUCUGUUGUGCAGGUAGGUUCUCUGUCUCGAUUCUUAGAUCCACAGUCUGAGGUAUGUGGAAUUUCAAAGACUGAUUUUUCCCCCCAAGCCCCAGUAGUAGAAACUGAGAUGGGAACUGUGUGGGGCCAUGAGCAGAACGUGGUCUUCGGAAUCUCACGAAUGUGGUGCAUCCCAGCCCUGCCGGCUUGGACAUGGUAUUUAUUUAAGCCCCCGUCCCUUCCUGUGUAAAAUAGAGAAGAUGUUUCUUUCACAGGGUUCGGUGAGUUUUAAAUGACAUGAUAAAGAAGAUAUGAAGCACAGUGCCUGGCACUCAGUAGACACUCGAGAUGCCCGUUUGCUCCUCUUAGCUCAGCACACGUCAGAGGGUAAACUGAGAGCUACAGACGUGUGACUUCGUGAUCGUGGCAGGAGUCGUGAGCACAGUCUAUUCUCAGUGCGUGUGCUUUGAUGUGGUUUGCUCUAACUUACCCGUAAUCUAGGGUGCCAAAAUUCGUUCUUAUGAUUCAGAUCAUUUACCACCCAUUCACUGUACUCUGGAUUUCCAAACGAGAUGGUCAGUCAGUGGAGGCCCCUGUGAGGAUGACAGAGGAGAAAGCACCAGUGAUAGGGUUAUAUGAUUUCCCCUGUCCCCGAAGCCCAGCCUCAAGCUACCCCUGGACGAAUCUCAUGCACCAAACUUUUGAUUUCAGGCCAGGGAAGGAGGAGGGAAGGCAGAACCUAGAAAACAUGUUUUUGGCCCUGGAUGGGGCUGAGACUGGAGUAGCUCUGAGGAGACGGGGUCCACAGGCCACCCCAGCCCACAUGGCUGUUUGCUAUUUUACUCCAAAGCCUCAGAAAAAAAUCACAUUGCCGGAGGGGUCUCCAGAUAGCUCCCAAGAUGAGUUAUUUACAGGGCAUGGUAAUUAGGACUCACAUCCAUCAGACAGUGCCCUGGUCAUUCUCUGGUCCUCCUGUACAUUGAAUAAGGAGGACUUAACAGCUAUCCAAUACUUAGAAAGGAAACUUUCUAAACAGGUCAUUUAGAUUUUGUGCGAUAGACUAAUUACUACAUACAAUUAGUGAGACUGCAUAGUGCCUGAGAUACUUAUCCACUGAUGCAGAGAAAGAUAAAGCAUCCGCUGAACAUUUAUUGUAAGGCCUAGUGUUGUGAUGUUUAAUUAUCAGUACUUUAUUAGUAUUAAAAUGUUCUGAUUGGGAUGAGUGUGAGACAGGUGACUUACGAGCCCAGACCUGUCAUGAGAUUAACAGUCCAGCAUUUCACACUUGCUUUUAAAAUCCACACUGGAACACUGGGAAUAAUCAGCCACGUUUUCAUAAUUUUAAGGAGAGAAAUGAUAAGGGCUUUCUUUCUGGGAAUAGGGUUGGCCUGUCCUUCUGGAUGGCUAGAAUGAUGAGUCUUACAUCUUUGUUCUAGGAGGAGCAGACAAGGAACCGUAGCCCCCUAACUCUGUGGAAGGGAGCCUUGCUCUUUCCCAGUGAUCUCAGGCCACAGCAGUACCUUAAACCCUCCCAGGCCCGUUAAGAAAACCCUGUGGCACUCUGGGUGCUUAUGUUUGUUUAUUCUUGCUACAAAUGCUAUUGACUAGGAUUUGCGACCCCUUCACCUUGGUGUAUUCUGCUGUGAUGGAAACUUUAUUGAGGUUUGGCUUGGUGGUUGUCAUCCAGUUCUAUUUUGAGCGAACAGCAAGUCUUUCAUACAUGGGGCCGUUUUUGAGAGCCUCAACUCCAAAACUUGGAAUGUGUUGCCUUAAUCCUGUCUCGGAACUUUUUAAAUGUUUAAUUUAAACACCUAGCAUAUUCUGUGGCUAUGGGAGGGGAACGGGAGGGGAAGGCAGAAGAGUUUUCUCUAGAGGGUAGCUGGCUUUCCAGCAUAGUGUCUAAGCAUCGUUAGAAGCAGGCAUCUCGUUAGCUAAUACAUUACACCAAUCAAGGAGAGUUAUCUUAAGCCACAAUUAAUCUGCUCCCUGGCAUAUGUUGAUAGGAAAGCAUCAUGCUGUUUCUUAAUUAAAAGCAAACGGAUUAAAAAUGAUUAAUAAGAGUAUUAAAUAUUCUCCUAAACGAAAGGCUUUGGGAUUCUUGGGUAAAUCUAGUUGUUUUUUUUUUUCCCAUUCUGAAACCCAAGAAGCAUUCACUGUUUUGUUUUUUCCAACCCCCAAAAUCUGCAUAAGUAAGGGCAUGUGCAUAAGUCCUCAAGCCAUGGAGAAGUCUAUAAAUUACCAAUGAUAGAGAUGGACAUGUCCGAGUUCGGUGGCAGCGGGUAAGAGUCCCGGUAUCCAGUCCCUAUGUGUGGGGUGCACAGGGCUGGGAUGCCAGAGAGACCACUGCAUCAUGGGGAAAACAGCACCACCCACCCACUUUGUCAGGAGAGAUUGACGUAGCACCUCCUUUCCUUCAGAACAAGAUGCUUCCCUGCCCCUUGCCCCAGAGAUGGCAGCAGAGUCCUGACCAAGGCUCGGGCUGACACCAGCUUGGCCAUCCCACCCUGACGAGAAGAGUUGAUCUUUGUAGCCGCUAUUCCAAACAGAGUGGGCACGUUGGGGGCCAGAAAGAGAACUGCAUAAAAGAACUAGGAAGGGUGCACUGCUGACCCUUAAUCCUGGGCUCCUUAAUUCUUCAACUGUGAAGGACUCCAUAAGAAUUUUUAGAAAUGUGGAAGUCAGUCACAUGACUUAAUAAAUAAGCAGUCACAGCUAACUCACCAGCGAAGUUAGAGAUGAGGAAGUGAGAGUCUGCGAGAAACCAUCCUUUUUGAAGGCAUAAAAUAGAAAGUUAGAAAACCACACCACACCGCGCUCAGUUUCUAACUGCGUGCUGCCCUUGAAGGGUGGGAAGAAGACACUCCCUCUGUGCCUCACGGGUCCUGGAGUGACCGCCGUGCUCUGAUGCCUUGUUUGUGUACAGGUUUCCUGAGCCCCAUCUCAAGCCUCAAAGCCUCCGAGAGUCCCUGAUGCACCCACCUAUUAAAUUAUAGCGCCAAACUCAUUGUCAUUCUGACUUUGACUUCGUUAGUGAUAACAGAGAAGGAUAGCGCACCUUUAAAUGACGAGCUUUGUGUUUAAUUACCCAAACAAAAUGACAUAAAUAUGAAUGAGCCCUAAUGGUGGUACUUGGUUUUCCGGAAACCAUUAACAAAACGAUUCCUAAAUGAUUUGUAAAGAAAAUGAGAGGAGAAGAGAGCAAGGAGAAGGCUAUUAGGUUUCUAACACACUCCUGAAUUAUUAUGUAGUCAACUACCUAGGAAAUACUCAGCUAAAUGAUCUCGAAAAAAAGGAGGCACAAGGUGGUUUGUUGAGACUUUCAGGGUUACAGACGCCUUGCCCCUGUGGAAUAUUCUCAUAAAAAGUAAAAUGGGGGGUAGGUUUCUGACCUAGUGGCUCUUCCCUAGCAGCAAGACUCCCCCUCCAUGCCUCGUUGAAAGAGCCUCCCACAAGCGGGCAACUCAUCUGCCAGCUUAAGAAUUGUGGCUCACUUCCUCAGAAAAGACACAUUUCAUUUUAAUCUUUUUUUUUUUUAAAGAUUUUAUUUAUUUAUUUGA